UCUUCACAGUUACCGACCACGAACGCGUCCAGGCUGUCGGUAGAGUUGACUUACAUGAUAGCUUAAAGAAUGGUAUUGAUGAAAGAUAAUCAGAUCCAUUCCAUUAUUGCUUCAUCUCUUUGUGAUUCUGAACCCAUUUUUCUCUACUUCAAUGGCUGCUUUCGCUCAUAUCACUUCUCUACUAAAUACAAUACACUUCCAUUUUCUUCAGCCCCUUCCGUGUUUGAUUUUUGAAGAUCCAGAAACCAUCAAAUCUCUGUGUGAGAAGAUUCGAUAUUUGCAAGCCUUUUUAGAGGAUUCUGAGAAGGACAAGGCAAGGGGAGUUUUGGAGUCAGAGAUCAGAUGUGUGGCUCAGGAUGCAGAAGCCAAGAUUGAAUCUCAAUUAUAUAAACUUUAUCUGCGCUGCAACCAGGUAAAUCACCCACUUAAGCCUCCUCAGAGUCUUUAUCACACCUUGAAACAAGUAAAGCGAAAGAUUGAAUCAAUUGAACGGAGGAUUAUUCAGAUUAAGAGCAAUAACAACCAUUCUGCAGAGCCGAGAAGUGGAAACAGAAUAGAGAAUAUCAAAGCUGGUAGUUUCUCCCAACGUUCUUCUCAGCCCAAGGAUGUGAUGGUAGGAUGUGAUGAUGAGUUCGACACCAUAAUGCACAAGCUCAAUUCAAAUUCAGACAAAUUGGAAGUCAUUUCAAUCGGGGGGAUGGGAGGGAUCGGAAAGACUACUCUGGCUAGAAGAGUCUAUGAAGAUGAAUCGAUUAUUUCUCAUUUUCAAGUUCGAGCAUGGGCUACUGUGUCUCAAGAAUAUAACCUUAAAGAAAUUCUCAUUAGCCUUCUUGAUGCCAAUGGAGAAGAUAUCUCUGAUCUACCAAAUCGACUGCGUCAAAGGUUGAUGGAUCAAAGAUACUUAAUUGUUAUAGAUGAUAUAUGGGGUACCGAGGCAUGGGAUGACCUCCAUAGGUGUUUCCCCGAAAGUUCCAAUGGGAGUCGAAUAUUGAUAACUACACGGCUCAAACAGGUGGCUGACUAUACUAGUUCAGGUAACAAUCCUCAUUACAUGCGAUUCUUAGAUUUCAAUGAAAGUUGGAAUUUAUUUUACAAGAAAGUAUUUGAGGAAAAAAAUGUACCCCUUGAAUUUGAGACAGUUGGUAGAGAUAUUGUCGAAAAAUGUCAAGGAUUACCUCUAACAAUUAUUGUGGUUGCUGGGCUCUUCUCCUCCUUCAACCAACCAUCACUAAACCAGUGGAGCAAUAUUGCUGAAAAUCUGAAUUCCUUGCUUAACACAGAUCCGGAAGAAAAAUGUUCAAAAGUUCUUUCAUUAAGUUACAACCACUUACCUCCGCAAUUGAAAGUCUGUUUUUUAUAUUUUGGUGUUUUCCCGGAAGAUAGUGAGAUUCGUGUGAAAAAUUUGAUUAGACUAUGGGUUGCAGAGGGAUUCUUAAAGGUAGAGUUGAAUGACACCAUGGAAGAAGUGGGCGAAGCUUACUUACAGGAUCUUGUAGAUAGAGGUCUAGUUCAAAUUGAUAAGUGGAGUUUUGGCGGUAAAAUGAAGUGUUGUAGGGUCCAUGAUGUGUUGCAUAACUUUUGCUUGAGAAAAGCUCAGAGGGAGAAACUUUUGUGUGUUAUAAAUGAGAAUAGUGUUGAGAUGGGUAGACUUGAAAAACAGCAUGCUCUUAAACGCAUUCUCAUGAGAAUAAAGAGAAGCAUGCCAAAAGCUUGUUGGAUUAGCAGUCAGUUAAUGCAUUUGGAUUUGGCAAUUAUUGGAGAAAGGUAUGAUGAGACUGACACACCCUUGGAGUUUCGUUCCAUUCUAUAUUUUGGAUGGGAAAAUAUUUUCUCUAGACCAUUUCCCUGUUUUGAGGUGCUAAGGGUGUUGGACAUAUCUUCAAGAUUAAUUGAUGAGCACCAAAUACCAGGCGAAAUAGUGAAUCUUGUUAAUUUGAGAUACUUAGCCCUAAGAACCAAAGGGUUCUUUCCAGAUUUAGAAUGGUUUAAGCUUCGAAAUUUGCAAACCUUGAUUGUUUUUACUCUCAAUGUGCUGCAACGGAAGUCAGAAUUUAAUAUUUCAGAUAUGCCACGAUUAAGGCAUGUUUAUCUUAAUGGUUCUUUCCUCAUUCUCCCAACAUUGGUCCAAGGAAAUCUACAAGCUCUAUCUUGGUUGAAUCUACCUGAUCAUCAAGGUCUAGACUUGGAAAAAAUUCCAAACGUGAAGGAACUUGGGAUUUACAUCGAGUGCGACCUCGUUUCAGAGCUGCAGCCUGGUUCACUUAAUGGUCUUGCCAAUUUGCAUAAGUUGGAGAACUUGAAAAUUGCAGCAUCAUAUAAAAAAAUUAACAAUGAUUAUUUUCGGCUUCUGACAGCUUUGCCAGAAAAUCUCAAGAAGUUGUCACUUUAUUAUACUUAUCAUUCACAGGAGGAUAUGACCAUUAUUGGCACAUUGCCCAACCUUGAGAUUCUGAAAUUGAUAGGGAAUGAUUUCCAUGGCCAAGAGUGGAACACAAGGGAGAAUGAAUUUUGCAGGUUAAAGUACUUGCAAAUUGAGAGGUCAGAUCUCAUGCAUUGGAGUAGUGCUCAUUUCCCCAUUCUUGAAUGCCUAGUUUUGUCAUGGUGUUGGGAUUUGAAGGAAUUUCCAGCUAGUUUUGCUGAUAUUAGCUGUUUGCGGUUAAUGAUAUUAUCCAACUGUCGAUCUUCCCUUCUUAAUUCUGCUAAACAAAUUCAAGAAGAGCGCCUGGGCUACGGAGAUGAUAAAUUUAUUGUGGAGGACUGCUGGUGUACUUGGAUUUAAAGGUGAUUUGGAGACUGUGAUUAUAACAUCAUGGAUGUAAAUUAGAGCUUAAUUGAAUGUGUUUUGAAGUCAUCUUCGCACAAAGGCAUGUUCCAAGAGUCAUGAGAGGUCAAGAAAAUGAAAAAGAGCGAGUUGGAAGUAUCAUGACAUAACUCGAGGAUCCAAAGGAACAAAGCAUAUGAAGAAAUAUGCAUUUUAGAGUGAAAAAUCAGGGCUCACGCUAGUGGUCACGCAGUGACUACCAUCGUGACUACAUUCUUUGUUAGGAGACGUCUUGGUAUUUCUCGCAUAUCUCGGGCUAGGAGUGUCCAAAUGAGGUGAUUCAAGUGGCAUUGGAACGGAAACUCAAAGGGCUACAACUUUAAUGAAGAUUACAAAGGCUAGUUCGAAGGUUUACAAGGUGAAAGAUGACUUUGGAACCAGAACUGCUAUGCAGAGUGGGUGGUCACGGUCGAGGUCACGGUGUGAACUCUACUGUGACCUUUGGAACCUGCGAACUAUGCUGUAAAGUCACGGUGGAACUCACACCGUGAGCCCCAUCGCGACCACGGGCCUAGAAUAUGUUUUAAGUGUAUUUUUUAUGCGAUUUGAGGGGUAUAAAUAUCCCUAGACGGUUAUUUUUAGAGAUCCUUUUCAUUCUCCACUCUCUCUCUCUAACCUCUCCAAACAUUUCAUUUGUGUAAUCAAUCCAUCUUUAAAGAAGAUUUGAAGAAUAAUUUCAUAUUUCAUCUUACAAUUUCA